ACUCAGCCCGAGUCUCCAGCAGCAUGGCCUUCAACGGCAAGUAUGAGGUGGAGAGUGACAAGAAUUACGAUGAGUUCAUGAAGCGCCUGGGGCUCCCCAGAGAUGCCAUUGAAAAGGGUCGCAACUUCAAGAUCGUCACGGAGGUGCAGCAGGACGGCCAGAAUUUCACCUGGUCCCAGCACUACCCCGGGGGUCACUCAAUGGUCAACAAGUUCAUCAUCGGCAAGGAGUGUGACAUGGAGACCAUGGGGGGCAAGAAGUUCAAGGCCACUGUGCAGAUGGAGGGUGGGAAGGUGGUAGUGGACUUCCCCAACUACCACCAGACCUCGGAGAUCGUGGAUGGCAAGCUGGUGGAGAUCUCCACCAUCGGGGAUGUGACCUAUGAACGUGUGAGCAAGAGGCUGGCCUGAGCUGCCAGCUGCUCCGG